AUGAUCCGCCACGCCGUCCGGCGCAACGUUCGGGAGCUCGACCUUGAGGUCUCCACCUGCGACUACUUCAAUUUCCCGCGCGCCCUCGCGAGCAGCCCCACCCUGAGGACCCUGCGCCUCAAGUCGUGGCACCCGGGAUUCCGGCUGCCUCCCCUGGAGACCAUGAGGGACGGCUUCAGGUCCCUCACCGUCCUGUCCCUGGUGAGGCCCGUCCUGCGUGACAGCCCCUCUCUCGUCGAUCUCUUCACGCGCUCCUCUUUCCCCGCGCUGAAGAAGCUGCACCUGGAGUCCUGUUUCGGGAUGAGGCGGCUGAGGGUCGAGUGCCGGGGGCUGGAGGACCUGACCAUCGAGAGGUGCUUGCAGCUGCAGGAUUUGGAGGUUCGUGCCGAGAGGUUGGAGAGGCUGAGGGUGACGAGCUGUUUCGAGUCUCACGGCCUCGGGAGCAGGGUGGGGGUGGAGGCCCCCAGGCUGGGGCUCCUUGUGUGGUCUUACAACGCGGUCACGGAUGAGUGUGCGCUGAUGGGGCUGGGCUCGCUGCACGAGGUGUUUGUCGGGUUCUUCCGGGACGACCCGCCGGAUUUAGGCGAGAGGAAGGCCGAGAGCGUGUGGAAGUUUCUCAAAGGGAUCUCUUGCUGCUGCUCGUUGACGCUAGAGAGCCAGUGUGUCGAGAUUAUAUCAAGAAGCAAUCGGUUUGCAGGUGUUUCACUGUGCCCUUUUAAUGAGCUAAAGUCCCUCGAGUUAAGCACUGGUUUCAACAAACACAACAACCCCGGACUAGCGAGCCUUUUCAGAAGUUCCCCCAACGUGCACACCGUUGUUAUCAAGAUUAUUAGUAAUCGAGAUUCUAAACGACGACAAUGGAACAAGGACUUGUGGCAAUCCCCGAGCUCCGGGGAGGAAAGGUAUUGGGAGUCACAAACUCAAUACUUGAAGCCCUUCCUUCAUAACUUGAAGGUCGUAAAAAUUCACGGCUUCACGGAGGGAGCAAACGAAGUUAGUCUCGUGAAAUUUUUACUGACGCAUGGCAAAGUACUGCAGGAACUUUUCUUGUGGACGAGCUUGUCCAGGCCGAGAGACUCCCUUCUGCGCGAGAAAAUCAAGUCCCAGAUCAUGGGCUUUUCGAGGGCUUCUUCAAAUGCUAACAUUGUUUUUGAGUAG